AGCGGCACCACCACAAGCACAACCUGCGGCACCGCUACGAGUUCCUGGAGACCCUGGGCAAGGGCACCUACGGCAAAGUGAAGAAGGCGCGGGAGGGCUCGGGGCGCCUGAUGUGUCUGUCCAUGGCUGCACGGACAAUGGUCGUGGACCUGAGAACCCCAACAACACCGGGCAGCGUGUGAUGAUGGCCAAUGAGGAGGCGGACAGUUGGUGCAGGGUGCCUAGAAGUCUAAUAGCGUCCUUAGAGAUGAGAGGUCUCCCUAUAGAAGAUGGAACUUGAGUUGGAUUUUGCUUGGCACAGACUCCCAAUAGAGUGGAAUGGGAAGAGGAAGUAGAAGGCACCUGAUCCUAGCAGGGGCCUUGACAGGAAGUGACCAGCCCUGUGACACCCCGCCCUGCCCAGCACCCGAUGCCAGCGAGGAAAGCCUCUCAGGCCGUGGCAUUUGGUGACAUUUGCAUGGCUCAUCUCACAGUCAAAGCGGGAAAGCACCGCACAGGUGGCCAUCAAGUUGAUCCGGAAAGAAAAAAUCAAAGAUGAGCAAGAUCUGAUGCACAUUCGGCGAGAGAUUGAGAUCAUGUCGUCACUCAACCACCCCCACAUCAUUGCCAUCCACGAAGUGUUUGAGAACAGCAGCAAGAUGGUGAUCGUCAUGGAGUACGCCAGCCGGGGCGACCUGUAUGACUACAUCAGCGAGCGGCAGCGGCUCAGCGAGCGCGAGGCCCGUCACUUCUUCCGGCAGAUCGUCUCCGCUGUGCACUACUGCCACCAGAAUGGGGUUGUCCACCGGGAUCUCAAGCUGGAGAACAUUCUCCUCGAUGCCAAUGGCAACAUCAAGAUUGCUGACUUUGGCCUCUCCAACCUCUACCACCAAGGCAAGUUCCUGCAGACGUUCUGCGGGAGCCCCCUCUACGCCUCGCCCGAGAUCGUCAACGGGAAGCCUUACACAGGCCCAGAGGUGGACAGCUGGUCCCUGGGUGUUCUCCUGUACAUCCUGGUGCAUGGCACCAUGCCCUUUGACGGGCAGGACCAUAAGACACUGGUGAAACAGAUCAGCAACGGGGCCUACCGGGAGCCACCUAAACCCUCAGACGCCUGUGGCCUGAUCCGGUGGCUGUUAAUGGUGAACCCCGCCCUCCGGGCCACCCUGGAGGAUGUAAUCAAUCACUGGUGGGUCAACUGGGGCUAUGCCACCCAUGUGGGGCAGCAGGAGGCUCUGCAGGAGAGAGGGCACCCUGGCAGUGACUCUGGCCGGGUGUCCGUGGCCGACUGGCUCCGGCGGUCCUCCCGCCCCCUCCUGGAGAACAAGGCCAAGGUGUGCAGCUUCUUCAAGCAGCAUGCGCCGGGAGGGGGCAGCGUGGCCCCCAGCCUGGAGCGCCAGCAUUCACUCAAGAAGUCCCGCAAAGAGAACGACAUGGCCCAGUCUCUCCAGGGGGACCCGGCUGACGACAGCGCCCCUCGCCCCAGCAAGGGCAACCUCAAACUCCCGAAGGGCAUUCUCAAGAAGAAGGUCGCUGCCUCCUUGGAGUGUCGGGGGGAGGACUCUGAGCUCAGCCCGUCCCCCACGGGCCCAGAGCAGGCUGCCCCCCCGCUCCCCAAGAAGGGCAUCCUCAAGAAGUCCCGGCAGCGGGAAUCCGGGUACUACUCCUCUCCUGAACCCAGCGAUUCCGGGGAGCUCUUGGAGGCGGGGGACGUGUUCACGAGCAGGGACUCCGUGGAGCAGAAGCCGCCCCAGGCCCCGGGGAUGCUCCACCAUCGCAAGGGCAUCCUCAAACACAACGGCAAGUUCUCCCGCACCACCACCCCCGCCACCUUCGGCUCCCUGAAUGAACUGGCCUCACCUCGCCCGCCGUCCAGGGCCAGCCGCCCCUCGGGAGCUGUGAGUGAGGACAGCAUCCUGUCCUCCGAGUCCUUUGACCAGCUGGACCUGCCCGAGCGGCUCCCCGAGCCCCUGCUGCGGGGCUGUGUGUCUGUGGACAACCUCACGGGGCUGGAGGAGCCCCCCUCCGAGGGCCCAGGAAGCAGGGGCCUGAGGCGCUGGAGGCAAGACUCCCUGGGGGAAAGCUGCUUUUCCCUGAGGGACUGCCAGGAGGUGACGGAGGCCUACCGACAGGCCCUGGGCAUCUGCUCGAAGCUCAGCUGAGGGUGGGGGGGCAUUGCCCCAGUGGACGGGCUCUAAGAUGCACCUGGCAACACCCUGAGGGGAGACGCCUUCUCCCCGGCCUCUAGGCCCAGCAUUCCAGCCCAGAGGCUGAGAUGGUUGGCAGUUUAGUCCUGGGGAGGACCGGAUAGGAGGAAAAUGGGCACGUGAAAGGCAUUGAGGGCUCAGUGUCCUCAGCCCUGUGGAACCAAGAAGCUAGUGGAGGGGAAACAGGUAGAGAAGUAGAGGGAAGGCCCGUGGCCAAGUCCAGGUUCUCUGUCCGGUGUCUGCAGCCCCAUGGAAAGAGCACUCUUUUCAGUACCCAUGUCCGUAAUUGCUGUGCGUGGUGCCUUCGCCACAGUAGGGAUGGAAACUCUUCACAUUCCCGUCCCCACCUCCAUCCCCACCCGGCACUGAAACUGGAAUAUGGAAACUGCUCAUGUGCCUGGGACGUCCUCGGACAGUCUCCUGUGGGGUGCCCGUCCUUAUUUCUCCAGCAGUACCGGUAAGAGAGCACACAACCUGUUUCCUCAAAGGUUCUCUUCCCUUUCCUGUCCUCCAAGCCUGGCCCAGGCCUCCUGGAGUCGCUGCUAUGAAUCUAAAAGACUUGAAAAGGCUCAGGCUGCUACUGGACUUCAUCUCAAGGGGCCCAGAUGCCUCAGGACCCCACCUUGAACCUCAAAGGCUCUGUGACCUUCUCCGGCCUCUAUGCUGCUCCGGCUACUGAGAAUGGAUGUGCCUAUGUCUCUGGGUUUUCCGGACCCUAGAAUGUCCUAUUUAUGUUUUCAAGCUCUGUGUUCUUUAAAAAAGUGAAUUUUGCUGUUUUCUAUACUGUGAAUACUGUGUUCUGGAAAGUCCACUAUACAUGUAACUUUUGUGUACAGAGAAGUGUUUUUGCAGUGAUUCCCUACUGAUCACGGGGAAGGGGGCCCUUUUAUAAAUCCGCGUGUUCCGUUGCACUGUCCAGAGAAGGUCUCUGGCUCCCUCAUCCACGCCCUGAUUCCGUCUACCUGAUGGUCCCUCUUCCCUUCUCUGUGGCCAGGAAAAGAACCACUUUAUUAAAAACCAGAACGG